AUGGAUAUGUGGUGGUUUGAAAUGAUGAGUGACAGAGUGGCUGGCAAAACUGUAAUUCAAGUAGUAGAAGAAAACCUGAAGUCAGGUUGGGGCAUUCGCGAAGAAAUUCGUUCUGCUAUUUUUUCCCAUCUGAAGGAAUUCAUCGAGGAAAGUGCUGUUGCAGCUGUAAAUCCAUCACCAGAUGUUGUAGAAAGUGCAAACAUUGAUGUUCAACUUCUCAGUGCUAUUGAUCGUCUGGGUCCAUCUGUGAAAUCUGAUUACGAAAAUGCUUUGAAAAAGGGGGAGUUACCAAUACUACGAGGAAACAUUGAUAUGUUUGGUGAAGAAGAUGCCGGCAAGUCUUCUCUUGGAGAUUCAUAUUUGGACGAGCCGUUUAUUGAUAAGAGGGAAAGCACGAGAGGAGCACAUGUGAAAGUGAUGAGAAUUGGAGGCGGUUCGAACACGGACUGGAAGGAACUGAAACCAGAAGACAAAGAACAGAUCAUUGAUCAAGUUUUGGUCAGAGGCUAUCAUGAGUAUGUUGAAAAGCGCCGAGAAGGGGCAGCAGACUGUAGAGAAGAAGUAACACAAGACGACGAGGGAGAUUCUGUCAUCGAGCAGACAAGUCAACCAGCCGAACAACAGCAGGCGAGUAGUAGCAACACUGUAGCUUUAGCAACAGAGAGAAAGACAACCAGACGAGAAGGCAGCAUCACAGUAUUGAAGAAGUCGCUACACGAUUUUCUGUUCUCCACAGAACUAACCGGGGUGCAAGCAGCAUUUGCAGAUCUACUGCGUCGUGACAAGGCUGAAUUAGAGAAAAGUAAAAUGAUGAUGUUGAUCACAUUGUGUGAUCGCGGCGGUCAAGAGCGGUUUCUGAUGACGCACGCAGCACUGAUGGCAGACAGCAGUGACUACAGUGCAACCGCUUACAUGAUAGUGAUGGACGGAACAAAGAGUCUUGCAGAUCCCAUACCUCAAUGUUUGUUUCACGAGACGUGA